GUGCUCUACUCCCUGUUCUUCGUGGUGGGCUUCCCGGGCAACGCGCUGGUGCUGUGGGUGAUCUUGAGGGGCGCUCAUCUAAAAAGCAUGACUGAUGUGUCUCUCCUGAACCUGGCCAUCGCUGACCUUCUACUAAUCUUCUCUCUCCCCUUCCUGGCUCACUAUGCCAGGCAUACCUGGGUUUUUGGUGGAGCCAUGUGCACUCUGGUCCUCAGUGUGUACUACAUUGGAUUUUAUGCCGGCAUUUUCUUUAUUGUGCUGAUGAGCAUCGACAGAUACUUGGCUAUCGUCCAUGCUGUGUUUGCCUUGAGAAUCCGAACCAAGGCUUAUGGGAUUUUAGCUAGUGUGGUCGUCUGGAUUCUAGCUUUUACAGCAUCAUUUCCUGAGUUACGGUAUAUUGAAGUUGAAGACAAUGGGACUGAAAUACUUUGCACUGCUUAUCCAAAAAGUCACCAUAUUGGGAGAAGUAUAGCUUUCUUUAAAAUGAACGUUUUGGGAAUGCUAAUUCCACUGAGUAUCGUAGGAUAUUGCUACUCGAUGGUGCUCCGGAGGAUUCUGAUGCUUCGUACAUCAAAGAAACUGGCCAUUCGUCUUGUUGCUGUGGUCAUGGUGGUGUUCUUCUGCUGUUGGAUGCCGUACAACAUUGCAGCAUUCCUCAAAGCACUGGAACUGCAGGGAAUAUUGCCAUCAGAGUGUGAGGACAGCAAAAGGCUCCAGCUGAUGCUGCAAGUCACUGAAGCUAUAGCGUAUUCACACAGCUGCCUUAAUCCAUUCCUCUACGUGUUUGUGGGCGAAAAGUUCAAGAGGCACCUCGCCAGGCUCCUGCAGCAGACACCAUGCUUCCAAGUGCAGUGUAUGAAGCGCUACAUGACCCAGGCUGCAGCCUCAGUGUAUUCCCAGACCACUAGUGUGGACGAACGCCAAGUUGGUGUCUGAAUUGUAGAGGUUGUUAAAGGAACACAAUUUUAUAAAUGUGUAUAUGUAGUAAGGAUUUAAUACCAAAAUUGAGCACAAAAUUGAGCAUUUAGGCUUCGGAUAUAAUUCCAAACUUAUUCAGAAGUUACACAUGUUUUUUUCUGGGUCACUACAGGAU